CUUUACAAUAAUUGGUGUGUAAAGAUAUUGAUCGUUGAAAAUUGACAGAGAAUGUGGAAAGAAAUAAUUCGAGAAUUCAAAGGUUUAUUUAACAGUUAUCGCAGUUCUUUUGUAAAAUGUACGCGGCAGAAGAGCAUUAUUACAAAGUGAAUCGAGUACUUCUUAAGAUUCUUGGUUUAUGGCCCUAUCAGCAAUCAUACUUUACACGAAUAUAUAAAGUGCUGUUUGUUGGUCUUCUUUGGACAUUUAUUCUUGUUCAGACUGCAAUCAAUCCUAAAGAUGUUGUUUUCUAUCAGUUGUUAGUAUUCGUGACAACACAAUACAGUAUGAACCUUCUCAUCAAGAUUCUUUCAAUAGUCUUUCCUAUUCUUUUCGUUACUGUUAAGUACUGUAUGUUUAUGAUUCAAGCUGACAGUGUGAAGAAAAUGUUGGAACGAAUGCAAGAUGAUUGGAGAUUAUUGAAGAAUAAAUUAGAAGUUGAUAUUAUAGAAACAUAUGCUUACAAUAUACAAUUUUCUUCAAUAGUUUCAAUAGUGAUUGUUGUUUUUUGCUCUUUCUUGCUCUUCAUACUUCAAUUUUUGCCAUUAAUUCUUGAUGUUAUAUUGCCAUUGAAUGAAUCACGGCCUUUUCGAACUUUUAUAAUCACAGAAUAUUUUAUCAGCCAAGAAAAAUAUAUUUACAUUAUAUUGUUACACGAGGUAUUAGCAUGUUUAAUAGCAGUAAUAGCUUUAUAUGGUACGUUUAUAACAAUUUUGACAUAUAUGUGGCAUGCAUGUGCGCUAUUUAAAAUCGCAAGUAAAUUAAUGCAGUUAUCGGAUAGAGAAUGCUAUCGAAAAAAAUACAUUAAUGAUUCCUAUUUUUGGAAGACAGUACCUGUUUUAUCAGAGGCUUGUACAUGCGAUUCUUAUUCAUCGAAGAGCAGUCGAGUCAGUAUAUUUUGAUACUUCUGUCGACAAUACUCUUUUUAUAUCUUCUUUUUUAUU